AUGACGAUAAAUGACUCUUUCAUGUCUCAUAUUAAAAUAUUAUAUCCCGCCACUCUUGGAACACGUUUGCUCUGUCUCGUGGCACAAAACCGUUCCAAUCAGCGGUUCAGAUUCGAUGAGCGAGUUAGUGUACAAUACAGUCGUUUGAUGAGAAGAAUGCAAAAGCGCCUCGUGGGGUUGACUAUAGUUGCUUAA